AUGACAAUUUAUGUCUUAUUAAUUAGACGUUCGUACAAUGUUGACGUCAACAAAGUUUCUAUUUCCGGUAUAUCUUCUGGUGCUGGAUUCGCUACACAGAUGCACGUGAUACAUUCUGCUGCCUACAUGGGUGUAGGGGUCGUUGCUGGAGUUCCCUAUGGUUGUGCUCAUGGAUCAUCUAUUGCUGCAUUAGCGUGCAUGAAAUUACCAAUGUUUGAAUCUGUCUCCUCAAUGGAGCACCUCACAGUCUCUGAAGCCAGUAAAGGCAAUGUUGAUGCAGUUUCCAACAUGAAAAAUGAUAGAGUAUAUGUUUUUGCUGGAAGAGCAGACACCCAAAUUAACCCACAGAAUGGACACAACAUUGCGUCAUAUUACAACCACUUUGUAUCCAGUUCCAAUGUUAAAUCAGUAUUUAACUUGGAUGCACAACACUGCAUGCCAACAGACAACUAUGGUGGACCUUGUAAUAAACUGUCCAGUAAUUUCAUCAAUAAUUGUGGUUACAAUGCCGCUUAUGAUUUGUUAAAUUGGAUCUAUGGAAAUCUAACGAAACCAACAGCCAAGACGAUUUUGUCCGGACAGUUACAACCGAUUAGUUGUUUUGGGUCCAGUGCAUAUUUAAAAAUACAUAUUUAG